UCAAUGGGAUGUCCAUAGCCAUGACGUGCUUUCUUCACUCGGCAGGAGGGCUCUGUGUUCACAGAGAGACAGGACAAGGCGGAUUCGAGUCUACUCCGGAGAUUGUCCCUGGCUACUUCAACCUAGGAAACCCACACUUCCAUCAAAUGCCAAGUAAGAUAAUGGAGAACUUUGGAAAGAAGUUGAUUCGUAGACGAAAUGUUGACUGCAACACAGAUGAAACCCGGUUUGUCAGAUGCCUGACAACAAUAGAUCUAAUUGCACUGGGGGUCGGCAGUACUCUUGGGGCAGGUGUGUACGUUUUAGCAGGUGAAGUAGCCAGGGACAAGGCAGGUCCUGCUAUUGUCCUUUGUUUCUUGAUCUCUGCUCUUGCCUCAGUACUUGCUGGCCUGUGCUAUGCUGAGUUUGGUGCCAGAGUUCCCAAGACUGGAUCUGCUUACCUCUACAGCUACGUGACCGUGGGUGAAAUAUGGGCUUUUAUAACCGGCUGGAAUUUAAUCUUAUCAUACAUGUUGGGUACAGCAAGUGUUGCUCGAGCUUGGAGUUCUACAUUUGACAAUCUCAUUGGUCGGAAAAUUUCAAUUUUUUUUGAAAGCCACUUGAAUAUGAAUUGCCCUGGUGUGCUUGCAACAUAUCCAGACAUAUUUGCAGUCAUCUUAAUCUUGCUUCUUACAGGUCUUUUGGCAUUUGGAGUGAGUGAGUCAGCACUGGUAAACAAAAUCUUUACUGCCAUAAACCUAAUGGUCCUGUGCUUCGUUAUUAUAACGGGUUUUGUGAAAGGUGACAUCAAAAACUGGCAGCUAACGGAAUCUGACUACAAUGAGACCUAUAUCAACAGUACUGAAUCAAAAGCAGGAACAUUUGGUUCUGGUGGAUUCACUCCUUUUGGAUUUUUUGGAGUUCUAACAGGAGCUGCAACUUGCUUCUAUGCCUUUGUAGGGUUUGAUUGUAUUGCAACUACAGGAGAGGAAGCAAAAAAUCCUCAGAAGUCCAUUCCUAUUGGGAUUGUGGUUUCCCUGCUGAUCUGUUUUGUGGCCUACUUUGGUGUAUCUGCUGCUCUCACACUUAUGAUGCCUUAUUACAUACUGAACAAGAAAAGCCCACUACCCGAGGCCUUUAAAUAUGUUGGCUGGGAACCUGCUCACUACCUUGUGGCUUUUGGCUCUCUCUGUGCUCUCUCUACCAGCCUGCUGGGCUCCAUGUUCCCUAUGCCUCGUGUCAUAUAUGCAAUGGCUGAAGAUGGAUUGCUUUUCCGGUUCCUGGGGAACACGCACAAGAAAACCAAGACCCCAGUGCAUGCGACCAUCGUUUCUGGCAUUGUUGCUGCUAUCAUGGCACUACUGUUUGACCUGGAUGUUCUGGUUGACCUCAUGUCUAUUGGUACACUACUUGCCUAUACCCUGGUGGCAGCUUGUGUUCUUAUCCUCCGGUACCAGCCUUCUCCAAACAAACGUGAUUUGUAUGAAAUGACUGAAUUUGGGGAAAAGAAGAGCAGCCUGGCAAGCCAAAUGAACAGUGAGGAUUAUCAGGCUGAAGAAAAUACCUCAGUGAGCUUAAAACUGCUGUUCAAACCAGAACGACAUACCCCAACUAAAUGUUCCGGAUUAAUUAUUUAUAUCAGUGUUGGAAUCCUCUCAAUUGUUUUGACUUGUAUUUGCAUUGUACUGGCGAAAUGGCUCGAGGAGUUAUUCAAUGGACAUGUAAUUUGGAUGACGGUACUUGUGAUGCUGUGCAUCGUUGUUGCUAUUAUUACUUUCAUUAUAUGGAAACAACCACAGAAUGAAACGUCACUUAGUUUUAAGGUACCACUCCUUCCUUUCCUACCUAUUGUCAGUAUGUUUAUAAAUGUUUACCUGAUGGUGAUGUUGGAUUUGGGCACCUGGAUCCGGUUUGGAAUUUGGAUGUUCAUAGGUUUUGUCAUCUACUUUGGUUAUGGAGUGUGGAACAGCUCUGAGAACCAGCGAUCCUCUUUCAAUCCUGUAGACUCGGAUAGUCAAGAAAAAAUGGAUAAAAUGCUUGACUGCAACAUUUUACUCCCUAUAGAAAAAACAAAGGAAAUAUCAACAGCAUAAAAGAGAAAAUAUUGAAAGGAGUGAUCCGUAUUUACAUUGACAUUUAUAUGUCCUUGCUAAUUGCAUUUAUUACUGUUUUUUUUAAAUAGAAUGUUAGAAGUUGAGAUGACAUAUUUUGCCUUUUUUAUAUUCCAUUGUUGCCCACUUAAAGUAACAUACUUGAGGAGUUAUGCAAUCCACCCAAGGUGAGGGAUCACAGGAAGUUUUAUUCCCACUGACAAUUCAUUAGUAAUAAAAAUGCUACUUGACUUCUGUUGGUACUGCUUGACAUCAUGACUACCAGUCUAUUGUGACCAAGCUCUCAUUCUGUCUACACAAAUUGAAUUUUAAAAUGUCAAACUAUCAAUAAACAUUCUCACUGUUUUGAGAAAGUUCAAGACCCGCGUGAGCAAGUUAACAUUGCUAUUUACGUUCAUUAGAUCUGGUAAUGUUACAUCAACUUUACAACAAAAUAGGGGAGAAUGGGUUUCGCAAUGUCAAUGGAUUGUUAAGUAGAACGGUGUCAUCUCAACCCAUUUAACUGUUUAUUUCCUUGAAUUAUAAGUUCAAGCCUUUCACUGUUUGCAUAGAAAAGGAUUCAUUGUUAUUUAUUGGCUCUGUAUUUUAUUAUGUAAUUAAACAGGCAUUGAUGUAUUUCAAUUAAUAUAGAGAAAUCACAGCUAUUUUACAGUAAUGUAAAAUGUGUGUCUUUGUGAAACAAAGUUGCUGAUUGAUAACAUAUAAGCCUGGCAGUGAAUAUUUUGAUAGACUGUUGAUAUUCUCUCCGCUGUACUAUAGUAAUAGUUCAAAGCAUGAAGAGCGGUGAUGAAAAUGUCUUGUCAGUUUGUAGUUGUAAUGUUGAUCUAGGCCUGCUCCACAUGGCUACUUCUUAUUUCCCAGGUUUUUUGUUUAGAGGGCAGAGACACCAGCUUGGUUGUAUAUAUUUUUAUGUAAAUAUUCUGGUAUUUUAUAAAUACUGUCUUUCAUUAUAUAGCUAAAAACAUGGUUGGGGUGGAGGGCAGUUGGUUUUCUUUAAGAAAGCACUUGAACUUGCUACCAGAAUGUGUAGAAAGUGCCUAAUUUUCAUUUCCACUCGUUGUUGAAACAGAGAAUUAGGAGUUUCCUUAAUAAGCAGCUAAUCUCUAAUAUCAGUUUGAGACCUGGAUAGCAAACUGAAAAUUUAACCCAGUGUGUCCAUGAAACUCUGGAAGAUUAACAGUUGUAACUGGUGUUACAGAAAACAAAAUUGUGGACCAAAUAAAUGGGUAAAAUAAUUUUCAUGUUAGCUGAAUUAACAUAGUAUUAGACCUAUAGUGAAAGGGACUGUGUUCAUUCAGUGUUCAUGUUGGACAACAUUUCACAACAAACUUAGUGUGAAAUCUUGUCGCACAAUCUUCAUUUUAAAAUUGUUCUUUGCCUGUCUCAGUCCAAUUAAUUUAAUUCACCUACUGUUUUUUUGGGGUAAUUAUACUUGCUUGGCAUUGUUUUGAAUGUGGAUCAUUAUUUGAACAUUUUAAUGCAUUUUUUAAAUGACAGAGAACACAAACUGAUUUGAAAAGUUAACAUUGCUAACUCUGAAAGUCAAAUGGUAAUAACUUUCUCUUAAUUCACCCUUCACUAAAGUGGAUGUAAAUAGGAAGGUGUAUCUAACAGUAUUUGUGAAACUGCAUCGUGACCAAUGAAAGGAAAAUAUUAUCAAAUGACAAUUUUAUUCCUUUGGAGUAUUUACAUAUCAAGUUGUGUCUUCCAUAAUGAAAUUUUCAGUUAUUUUCUCAUAAAAUUUAAACAAUAGUAAACUGAAUUGUUUUUAUUAGUUUGAGGGAAUAAUAGUCAAUGUUCAGAUUUUUCUUCAAAUAGUGCUGAUAAAAAUGAAAGAAACUGCCUGUAAAUAUUUCAUGCUCUGCUAUGUGUCUCUGUGUAUAAAACUAUAUUAUUUGUCAAUCAACAUUUAUCUUGUACAUAUGUAUUGAGUAAAUUGUUUUGAAUCAAUAAAAAUAUUAAUAAUUGA